CUCCCAGCUGCCCACUGCAACCAUGAAGGCUCUCUUUUUUGUCCUGUUGGCCACCUACUUGGCCCUGCAGCCAGGUGCUGCCCUGCAGUGCUACUCCUGCACCGCGCAGGUGAGCAACACAGACUGCCUGAACGUGCAGAACUGCAGCCAGAGCGAGAACAGCUGCUGGACAUCACGCGUCCGGGCCAUUGGACUUGUGACAGUUAUCAGUAAGGGCUGCAGCUCAAACUGUAUGGACGACACGGAGAACUACUACGUGGGCAAGAAGAACAUCACGUGCUGCUACACCGACCUGUGCAACGUCAGUGGGGCCCACGCCCUAAAGCCAGCCGCCACCACCCUGGGGCUGCUUACUGUGCUCUGUGGCCUGUGGCUGUGGGGCUCUAGCCAUCUAUAGGCUCUCGGGGGCCCCCACUACAGCCUCUACUAGACAGGGAUACCCCGCCACCACCCCUAACAUUCACACAGGGCUGGCCUUCGCCCUGACCCUCCUGGAGCUCCCUCAUCUCUGCAGCUUCCGUUUCUACAGCUGGCACCUUGCCCACCCCUCCCCGCCCCCACCAGCACCACGUCCCACCAGUUCUGCUUGGGUACUUCUGCUGCAGGACUCCCUCACCACCCCCACUCUCCGGGAGCACUUGGGAAGGGCCCGGUGAAGCCUGAAAUGAGCUAGACUGGGCAGAAAAGAAGCUGGGAGGUGGGUGUGAGAGACUGGGAGUCCAGUGGGGGGAUCUGCCCCAUGUUUAUAGAGC